UGUUGCAUUGACAAGCGUAGCAGCGCGGAAGUCUCGGAGGCAACCAACUCAAUGCACCGCUGGUACCGCAGCUCGCAGACGUGCUACGUACACCUCAACCAAGUCCACGAGUCAGCCUUUCCUACUAAACAAGUUCGAGAAGUCCGAGGACUGGCCAGA